AUGGUUCGUUUCACUGGAAAAGUUGCUAUUAUCACUGGAUCUUCCAGCGGAAUCGGACGAGCUACUGCUCUCCUUUUGGCUUCAGAAGGUGCCAAAGUUACAAUCACCGGAAGAGAUGAAAGAAGACUCGACGAAUCAAGAAAGGCGAUUUUACAAGCAGGAGUUGCCAAGGAGAACGUAAAUGCAAUUGUUGCUGAUGUCACUUCUGCUCAAGGACAAGAUCUUUUGAUCUCAUCGACUUUGAAGAAGUUCGGUAGAAUUGACAUUUUGAUCAACAACGCCGGAGCCAACAUUCCAGAUCCCUCUGGAAAGACCCGAGUCGACUGUACCAUUGACAAUCUUCAAGAAAUGUUUAAGUUGAACCUUCAAAGUGUCGUCGAAAUCACUCAAAAAGCCCGUCCACAUCUUGCUAAAUCUCGUGGAGAGAUUGUGAACAUUUCGAGUAUUGGAGCGGGGCCAUCUGCUCAACCCCAAAGUGUUUACUACUCCAGUGCAAAGGCGGCAUUGGAUCAGUAUUCUCGAUGCGCUGCAAUCGAUUUGAUCUCCGAGGGAAUUCGUAUCAACGUCGUGCAACCUGGUUUCGUAUCCACCGGGUUCUCGACUGCUGCUCGUGGACUCAGUUCGGAUGAAUCCUUGAAGUUCUACAACGGAAUGGGAGAACUUCCACAUUGUAUUCCAGCUGGAUACUGCGGACAACCAGAUCAUCUUGCCUCUGUCAUCGCAUUCCUCGCUGAUCGCAAGGCAUCUGAAUACAUUGUUGGACAAACAAUCAUCGCCGAUGGAGGUACUUCAUUGGUUCUCGGAAUGCACGCCAACUUCGGACAGAAGAAAUAA